CCUCUCUCUCUCUCCUUCUUUUCCUUUUUAUUGUUUAUUUUUUCACCUCUUCACUGUAUGUCUCUUAAAGAUUACAAAACCUGCUUAUUUGGGACAAACAAGAGGAGAUAGAAGAAGGGGAGGAGGAAAACCUUAGAAGAAGUUGAAAUUAAUGGAUGAAGAAGAAGUAUUCUAGUUUUCUUUUGUGUGGUGGAGAAAACCCUUGAAUCAAAAACCAAGAUAAUACACAGAACUUGGUUUGUUUCAAGGUUUUUUCAGGGGGAGCGAAGAGGGGUCGCAUAAAAAGGGCCGCAGUGAGAGACAGAGAUGGUGGGCUCAGGAUCAUCAGACAGGAGCAAAGAAGCUGUUGGGAUGAUGGCCCUUCAUGAGGCCCUCAGAAGCGUCUGUCUCAGUUCAGACUGGACUUACUCUGUUUUCUGGACCAUCCGCCCUCGUCCAAGGGUCAGAGGAGGCAAUGGAUGCAAAGUUGGGGACGACAAUGGCAGCUUGAUGUUAAUGUGGGAAGAUGGGUUUUGCCGUGGGAGAGCUGCAGAGUGCUUGGAGGAGAUUGAUGGGGAUGAUCCUGUUAGAAAGGCCUUCAGCAAAAUGUCCAUUCAAUUAUAUAAUUAUGGAGAAGGGCUGAUGGGGAAAGUUGCAUCAGAUAAGUGCCAUAAAUGGGUUUUCAAAGAACCUACAGAAUGCGAGCCAAACAUUUCAAAUUACUGGCAAAGUUCAUUUGAUGCUCUUCCUCCUGAGUGGACUGAUCAGUUUGAUUCUGGAAUUCAGACUAUUGCUGUUAUUCAAGCUGGACAUGGCCUCCUUCAGCUUGGUUCCUGCAAGACUAUACCAGAAGAUCUGCAUUUUGUGCUGAGAAUGAGGCAUACUUUUGAAUCUAUUGGGUACCGAUCUGGUUUUUAUUUGAAUCAACUCUUUUCUUCAAAUAGAAACUCAUCUUCUUCUCCAAUGGCUUCAAAGCAAUCAGCCAUUCCCCUUCACCCUCCUCCCAAUCUCCUCAAUUGGGCACAAAGGCCAAUUCCAUCUCCUCCAACUUCUCUGCUUCCUUCACCCAACUUCCACACUUCGAAUAGGCUCGGUUACCCGCAGUCGAAAGACGAGACGCACAUGUUUCUGUUGCCACAUUCCUCCGAGGCUCGAAUGGAAGACGUGAUGGGAGAUCAUGACAAUGAUAUCAAAUGGCCUAAUGGGUUGUCCUUGUUCAAUGCUCUCACGGGACGAGCCGAUGAUGCUAAGCUUUUGUUUAAUCCGGAGAGCUUAGGAACCAAACCUGAUCAAACUCACCUCCCUUUGAUUCAUGAACCGAAUAACGCGAACCCGAACUCGGAUCCUAUGCACAACACGAAUGGAGGUAACCCAAACGAGUUCUUGAGCUUAGACAGCCAAUCUGAGAGUGCUAGGAAGAUGGAAAACAAGUUCAAGAGAAGCUUUACUUUGCCUGCAAGAAUGAGUUCAUCUUCAUCUUCGACUUCGCUCGACCACCAUCCGCAUCAAUCAGUCGAAUAUCGUAACUCGGAGCAGGCGGGUAUGUACCCGGACAUAAUGGAGACAUACUUGGAAUGAAGUUGGAAGCAAAGAGGGGCUGCUAGUUCAGUAGAAACAUAGUGUUCUAAGUUUGUAUUUAGGCAAAGCUUUCUGGUUUUCCUUUGUUUGGUGUUUUGCUCAUUCUAUCCAGUUUGUGAUUCUGCUAUUGCCUUUAAAUUUCAGUGAGUUUCACUUGGAUGUUCAUUUCUUUGUAGUUUCAUCUCAAUACAUAUAUGUCUUUCUUCCGGUUUC